UCGCGGGAACCAGAUAAUGUUUUUCUUCACACGUGGGUUGCAUGCAGUUUCAGUGUCUGAAUUUUAAACCAUGGCAAACAGCGCUGGAAAUUUAGCUCUUUUAAGUGUAUCAGACAAAACUGGCUUGACAGAAUUCGCACAGAAGUUAUCUGCCCUUGGUCUGAAGCUUGUGGCAUCAGGAGGGACGGCCAAGUGUAUUAGGGAUGCUGGGAUACCUGUCAGUGAUGUGUCAGAAAUCACAGGUGCCCCUGAAAUGCUUGGAGGGAGGGUCAAGACUCUACACCCCACAGUUCAUGGAGGAAUUCUGUCCAGAUUAACUGAUUCUGACCAAAGUGACUUGAAAACACAGAACAUUGAGAUGAUCAGGCUGGUAGUGUGUAACCUGUACCCCUUUGUCAAGACAGUCGCUGAUCCUCAUGUUCUGAUUGAGAAGGCAGUGGAGCAGAUUGAUAUUGGUGGGGUGACACUGCUGAGGGCUGCAGCCAAGAACCACAUGAGGGUGUCUGUGAUUUGUGACCCAGAGGACUAUAACAGGGUUCUGGAUGAGUUGUCCAAUUCACCAAGUAAAGAUACAACUCUGGAAACUAGGAAAAUGUUGGCAGUGAAGGCCUUUAACCACACAGCUGACUAUGAUGCUGCUAUAUCAGACUACUUCAGGCGUCAGUAUAGCUCUGGAACCUCCCAGCUAAGUCUGAGGUAUGGGAUGAAUCCUCAUCAAAAGCCGGCGCAGAUAUCAACCAACCUUGCUGAGCUCCCUCUCAAAGUUGUGAAUGGAUCCCCAGGGUUCAUCAAUCUUUUGGAUGCUUUAAACGGUUGGCAGCUUGUAAGAGAGCUAAAGGCAGCAUUAGGAAAACCAGCAGCCACAUCAUUUAAACAUGUCAGCCCAGCAGGUGCUGCUGUUGGUGGCCAAGGGAUGUCAGAGACUGACAAAAAAGUGUGUAUGGUGGAAGACAUGGAGGAUUUAUCUCCCUUAGCAGAAGCCUAUGCAAGGGCCCGGGAUUGA